AUGUUCAUUUUACCUAUUUCCUUUGCGGUUGACUGGACAGUCCCCUUGCAGUUCCCUGCUACAUCGCCUCUACCUCCAAAUCACUUUCCCUUGGUGCAGGCCACGAGUAAGGCGCCCUUUGAUCUGGAUCCCCACGAGAACUCUCGAUCCGCACCAGCACCAGCCACUACCCAGUCCUCUGCUGCUCCCACUACCUUCAGAGCCCGCAUACACCGCCUAUCGACCUGGUGGCCCAUUCGUCCAGGUCAUCCACCUCCGCCUGUUGUCGACGUUCCUCUCGCGUGGGGUGAAUUGCGUCAUGCUGCCGCGGGUGCUCCCCCAACAGACGAUGACGACCUUGAUUCGUGA